CCUGGCCUUUUAAUAAUUAAUUUUUUAUUUUAGUUUCAGAUUUGCCUUGUUUUAAGAGAUAGUGAAACGUCUCCAAAAGAAGUUACACCGACUGAUUUAGAUUUGGUAUAUUUGGACAUGCAACUUAAAAUACCUACAGUUAUUCGAGAAGCUUUAUCUUUAAAGUUGGAUUGAUGGAUAAGCGGUUUGGGAAAAGUGCAAAAUCAGCAAAUAGAUGGACUGAAAGGCUUUGAUACAAUCUCAAUUUUAUAAUAUAAAAGCUAAAACGAUGGGGAAGAGAGAUAAAUUGGGUUCUUUCAUCCAUAUAAAUCCAAAGAAACGUGGGAUAACUUUUGAGGUUGUGAUGUUUAUUCUUGCUGCGAUUUCUUUUUUAAUUGGUUGUCAUUUCCUUAAAAGUGAUACUUUAUUCGAAUACAUAUGUGUAUCUCUUUCCUUUAACUUUUUACUAUUUACUUCAGUUAUUUUUGCUGAAAAAAUAAGCUUAUUUAUAGAAGAGAUGAAACAUUUAGAUUCACGCUACAAGAAUAAUUGGUUAUUACUGAUUAAAUUCAUCUUUCCCAUUUAUUCUGAUAUGAUUAUCAUAACAAUAAUGUUAGUUACCAUCAUAAUUUUAAGCACAACUCCUUAUGGUUCAAAUAUUAUAAAAAUCAUGGAGAAUUUUGGAUUUUCCAGUAAUCUUUUUGCGUUAUUUUCAAGUUUAAUUCUACAAAAAAUUGUGCCACUUGGUUCCGCCUCGAUUCAUCGCGCAAAAAUGAUGGAAAAAUUGGGGGGGUUAGAUAGCGGUGUAUUUAUGGCUUACUCAUAUUAUCAUGGUUUCUUAAAAAUCGUUCUUCCAAAUACGGGCACGCAACAAAAAGGAUUUAAAGAGUUUCAAGCUGAUUUUGAAAGCAAACACGGAAUACAAUUUGCUUAUAAUAAAUUGAUCAUUCUAGUCCCAAUGUCUUUGUUCUGCCCACCUAAUUUAGUGGACCACUCGAAAUAUAUUAGCCUCGCGCAAUCUUUAGGUACGAUCGAAGUAUCUCGAGGCGGAGUUCACAACCGAGUUUAUAAAAACACGGUUUAUAAACUAGAAAAAGAUGGGAAUCGUUAUUACGUUUGUGCUGAAUACGCAACACCUUUAAGGACGAUGUACGAUAUCGUCCACACCAACAAUCCCCAUGCAGUUUUAUACGAAACUUUUCAAAACGAAUUUAUAAUCAACUUUUAUCAAACGUUAAAAGAUAUCUUGGAGAAUUCGGAGGAAACUCGCGAUCUCUGCGAUUUGGUUUUAUUUAAUGAUCAAAAAGAUAAAAAGAUGGUUGAUAUUGGAAAUGUGAUUAUAAACCAUAUCAAAAAAAAUAAUUAAUAUAUUUUUUAUACAACGAU